AGAAGAAACAAGAAAGAGAAAAGGAAAUGGAAAAGGAAAAGGAAAAGGAAAAAGAAAUUAAAAUAAAAUAAGGUGUUCGGAUGAAGAUUGCAGGCCAUUGCAUCGGUAACUAGUUCAUCGAUCGCUCUGGUUCAACGAUUCUCGUCUCCGUCUUCUCAGACUGUUGCGUGGCAACCUGAGAAAGAAGAGAUCAACAAACAUGUUUCGUGCAAGAAAAAUUCCGUCGCUGGUUGAUCUUUGUGUGAACACGGCUAUAGACAAUCUGAGGUUUCUUGGGGAUGUUGGCGAAACUGAUAUACACCUUCUAGAGCGUAUUUUGCCACAUUGCACUCUUGACCAGUUGAUGCAUGUGGAGAAAAGUUCAAAAGGAAGAGAUCUGACUCCAGUAACUGAUAAAUUGUGGAAAAAGUUCUACGAAAGACAGUUUGGUAAAGAUAGUACUAAUGCUGUAAUUGCGAGGAUGCAGCAGAAAAAAGUGUCAUUUAGAUGGUUGCAAUUAUAUGAGGCGAAGUUGGAGGAUCUAGAAAAGAAUGAGAGCAUAGUUGCAGAUAGAAUUAAACAAUGCUACAAAAAUGAAGAUGCUCGAAAACAAAAGCGUCAAAUACAGAUCUGUAAUAAGGUUCCCCCUUCGAGCAAUAAGAGAAGCUUUGGAGGAACCGGGUUUGGCUACAAUGUGUCCAACACUAAGAACAACUUGCUGAAAAAGGCAAAGAUAGAAGUGCUUCAGAGUCAAGAGAUGAAAAAUAUAAAAGCCUGGCGGAGAAACGCAGUGCAAAAGGGUCCUGGUGUCUCUUCCACAAAGAAGCCAAUGUUUGCUGGAAGGGAAUCUGCUUCAACUUCUAAACAUACUACCACUCAUAUGGCCAGAAGAUAGUAGCACUUCCACUGGCUUUGCUCUUUUACCAAAAACAAGGAUCUGUUCUCCCCACUCAGCGCCAAGGCUCUGUCUUAUCUUCUACUUAGUUAGUACAUGGUUUGAUAAUUUGCUUCUUCCCCCCUCCCCCGUCCAGAGGACACUUCUGAAAAGCCAGCCCCUGUUCAUAAACGCUAUAUGCAUUAUGAUGCAUAUAUGAAUAAUUUAUAGUUGUUUUCCCUUAUCAUGAUGAAAUGUUGUUUCUUAUACAAGGAUCUGUUCUCCCCACUCACCUUUAAUGCAUACAAUAUUGUUUGGUAAGC